AUGACUGUCACUUUAACCGAAACAAAUUCGAUGCGAACAUCCUCACAAGGAAGCGCGAGUAUGUUGCCAUUUAUGAAAAUGCAAAGUAAUGCUUCUGGGAAAUCUCAGAGUUUGUUCCUUAGCGCAACACAGCACUUAAAGAAACUGAAAAAACGAACAAAUGGUGGCAAUGGAUUAAUGAUGAUCGCUAUUCUGCACCUUCUCCUCGCUUGUGGCUUAAUUGAUUCAGGCAUGUUUCUAAGCAUUCGAUUCAAUCAUUAUGGUCAGAUUUGGCCUGAUAGUUAUCAGAAGUUACUAAUUUCGAAUUACCGACUUUUCCGACAUCAAAUGAUUGCUAUUCGCAUUUUGUAUUCACCAGUGGCAAUAUGCAUUGGCUUGAUGGUAUUUUUUCCCAAAAUGAUCUAUCUACUGAUAAUUUUCUUUUCCACAGCAUCAUACCAACGCACUAUAAUUGUUGACAUAGUUAUUUCUCUCCUUAGCGCAGUUUAUGCAUCUAUUACCGGAACACAUGCUUAUAUCAUAUUACAUAAUAUAUCGUUAAUAAAUUUGGGUGAUAACAGUGAUAUUCUUUGUUAUAUCAUCAGAGGUCCACGUGAGAAUGCUUCACAAAUGUUACGUGAUCGAUGCCUUUUGACGGCAUACAAAAUGUUUGGCAAUCAUUUAUUGCUGCAAUCAACAAUUGCAAUAUUUGUGAUCACUCGUCAUUUUUACUCUGUUGGACAGCUAACUAAGCAUACUUAUAGUCCGUGUAUUCCCUUACGAAUAUGCUCUGUGCUUGGAUCCGGCGGGCACUCGACUGAAUUGUUGUCUUUAAUGGCUGCCUUCGAAAAACAGUUUCACCAUCGUAUAUAUGUAGUUGCUGACACGGAUAAAUUAAGUAUACAAAAAGUGAUAGAGUUCGAGAAAUCUCUGGACGUAGGGCACUUUCAAAUAGAACAGAUUAACAGAAGUCGUGAAGUGGGACAAAGUUACGUCACAUCGGCAUUUACGACAUUGAUUUCUUGCUUCCAAAGCUUAUUGUUAGUAUGGAAUUUAAGACCGGAUGUGGUAUUAUGCAACGGACCUGGUGUUUGUAUACCAAUCUGCUUUGCUGCAGCUCUUUUUGAUUUUUUUAGACUUUGUAACAUACGCUUAUUCUACAUAGAAAGUCUGUGUCGGGUAAAAAAAUUAUCAUUAACAGGGCAGAUUUUGUACAAAACUAGAAUAUUGGAUAUUUUUUUUGUCCACUGGCGAGAUCUCGUUGAACGUUAUCCAAGAUCUGUUCUGAUCCCAUGCAUUAAGUAA